GAGAAGCAGAAAAACCAAAAGCAUAUUUAGUAUUACAAUUUUCCUAUUCAUUCUUCCUCUCUUUCAUUUAUGGCUACUAAGAAGAACUAUUUAGGGAAACCAAAUUAUAAUAAUAGAUUUGUUGAUAACAAUUUAAUGAUCAAUUCAGAUACUAUGUUUGAAUUUGAUGAAUCAAGUUUAUGGAAUUCAAAUCAUCAUCAUCAUCAGAUUACAUCAACUGAAUUCAAGAAAUCAAUACCUAGUUCGAGAAUUUUGACGAAGAAAUCAAACAGGAGAGAUGACAAUGGAGAUCGAGUUGAUCACGGUAAUACUGCAAAAUCAUUACCAGUAAAUAUACCUGACUGGUCAAAGAUUUUAAGAGAAGAUCAUAGGAUUAUUAGAAAUGUUGAUUAUGUUAUUGAUGAUGAAGACGAUUAUGAUGAUGAAGACGAAGAUUUUGAAAAUGAUCAUCAAGACAGUGGCCGAAAUGGUAGGAUUCGAAUUCCUCCUCAUGAAUUUCUAGCUAGGAGAACUCAAAUUUCUUCAUUUUCUGUUCAUGAAGGAAUAGGACGAACUUUGAAAGGAAGAGAUUUAAGCAGAGUUAGAGAUGCGAUUUGGCAGAAAACUGGUUUUGAAGAUUAAAUUUUGUUAUGUUAGAUAUCAAGGAUUCUUAUUAGUAUGAUCA